GGGCUUGGCGAUGUCAGGGCUCAGGAAAGCUCCUAGAGUUGUAUCUCGGAGCCGGAGAGAAAGAGUUCCUGAGUUGUGUAUCGCGGAGGAACUUUGAUUAUAAACCCUGUUAGUGUUGAGAUCUUCGCUAGACCUUUAUUAUAAUAAACAAUGGAGGACAGCAGCUCAGACGGGAAAGCGGUGAAAUAUUAUCGCUUGUCUGAGGUGGAGGAACACAACUCGUUCAAAAGUACAUGGAUUAUCAUCAACCACAAAGUGUACGAUGUGACAAAGUUUCUGGAAGAGCACCCCGGAGGAGAGGAGGUGUUACGAGAGCAGGCUGGAGGAGACGCCACAGAGAGCUUUGAGGACGUGGGUCACUCCACAGAUGCCCGAGAAAUGUCCAAGAUCAUGAUGAUAGGAGAACUGCAUCCGGAUGACCGACAUAAAAUUGCCAAACCUCCGGAAUCACUGGUGACCACAGUUCAUGAACCCACAAGCUGGUGGACCAACUGGUUGAUACCUCUCCUCGCCGCUGUGAUCGUCACACUGAUGUACCGUAUAUAUACAGCUGAAGACGCAUGACCGGUGCUCUCUCUCUCUCUCUCUCACUCUCACACACACUUUAAGUGGACUGUCGGUGUUCGCGGUCACCGCCGUACCUAACUUCCUCAGCACGCAUCCUGAACACCGAACUCCGACACACACGACGUAACACAUUUCAGGUGGUUUUUUAAAAUUCACCAGCUGUCACAGCUCUAAUUAAUGAAGGCUGAUAUUUUUUCAUAUUCAGAUAAUAAUAAAAUGUCAAAGUAUUCACGAAUUGAUCAUAGACACGUGUUCAAAACAUUUGUGUAAAUAUAAUUAUGGAAUACGCUCACGUAUAAUAAAACUCAAUAGGGGGGCAGUAGCUGUAUAACUGUUAAUACAUGUAUAAUAAAUAACGUAAUUAUAUGUAGAAACCUGCUUUGGAAAUUCUUUAAAGCACACAGGACCUAUAGACACCCGAGGCAUUACAUUAUUAUUGAUUUUUUUAAUGGUUUUUAACACCAUUCUGGUCCUUGAAGACAAUUUUUCUUCCUGACUUUAUAUCCCAAUUAUAAGAUUUCACACUGGAUUACAUCACCAAAGUUUUUAUUUUUUAAUAAAUAAAUAUAAUGCUGCUGCUGUCAUAUCCUGUUGUACAGGGAUCACCACUAGUUUAGGACUAGAUUCCCACUCUAACAUAUUUUAGUGCUUUCCCCGCUCCCAAUCCACCUGAUUCAUCUAAUCAGCUAAUUAUUAAUUAACUGAUUGAUUGAUUAAUUAAUAGCCCUUACAGUUUAUGUGUAUUAGAGAAAAUGUGCAUGAUAAUGGGGUUACUCAGGUCCAGGGUUGGGAAAAGAAGGGAACAGUCGGUAAACAUAGCCAACGAUUUAAUGCACACACACACACACACGAUCCUAGUCAACCCACAUCCUACAUAUUUUUUAAUACUCUAACAUUUCUGGACUUUAUUAAGGACCACUUGGGUACUAACGAAUACAAACGGUGCUAAAGCAUUCCAUUUUAUACAACUAGAUGUAAGUACUGUCUAUGCGUCAUGUGAAACAUAUCACUGUUCAUAUAUUUUGUUAAUCCCUAUGUAGUCAUAUUAAUUAUUCAUUUUCUUUCCUUACCCUGACAGACCCGAAACGUACAAUUUAUUUCCACAUUUUGUUUCGUCUCUUGUACACUUUCACACACACACACAACGUGCAGGGUACACUGUUCAGGGCCAGUUCUGACACAUACACACACACACACACUCACAGGCUGAAGGAAAAUGAAGGUUGUUCACGUUACAGGAGAAGAGCUGUAUGUAAGCUUCCAUGUGACUGAUCCACUCAGGAAUAACAUUACGUCAAAAAAUAAUCUUGGAAUUAAAUCCUUUCCUGUUGCAGCAGGGGGAUUACAAAUUGAGUUUAUGUGUAAAAGAGCCAAUUGUCUAUGAGUUUUUGUCCUUGUUCAUCCUUUAAUUGCAUUAAAGAACUAAUUAAGUGGGA